AUUCAUAAUUGACCAAGAGAGUAAUUACUGUUGAAAGAUGUUCUUCUUCCUCGGCUAUCGACGUUGAUGAGAAUUUCAUCCUUCCAGUAUAUGACAAGGAUGUUGCAGUCAAAUGCAAGUGGUCUGAACUUGGCAUAUAUAGCUCAUGUUCCUGAGGUGAUUUGCAUGCUUCCCUUCUCUGCGGGAGUUGAAGUUGUAGGGAACUGAUUUCUUUUGCCUUGGAGUUGUAUGAAGCCAAAUUUCUUUGAUCGUCUUCCGAAGUCACCGAGUUGCACUCAAACUCAUAAAUGGCGGAACCUAAAACUGAGUUACCGGAGGUAAUAGUCGUCGGCCGGCCAAUAGUUUUCCAAUUCUACGACGAACAGUUAUUACAAAAAUUCCGAAUUCUGAAACCAUGGGAAUCUUCACUCCCAUUGGAGCAAUUCAUUUGUACACAUGCUCAAUCCGUACAAGCCAUGAUUUGCUCUCCUAAUCGUAUCGGCAGCCAGAUUUCUUCCUCCUUGCUCCGUCUCUUACCUUCACUCCGCCUUAUCGUUACCACCAGCACUGGUGUUGACCAUAUUGAUCUCGUUGAGUGUCGCCGACGCGGAAUCUCCGUCGCUAGCGCCGCAACUCUUUUCUCUGAGGAUGUUGCUGAUUUUUCUGUUGGAUUGUUAAUUGAUGUUCUUAGAAAGAUUUCUUCCGCGGAUCGGUUUGUUAAGAAGGGACUUUGGCCUCUUCAGGGCCACUUCCCCCUCAGCUCAAAGGUGGGAAGCAGGAAAGUCGGAAUAGUUGGGCUGGGAAGCAUAGGUCUAAAAGUUGCACAAAGGCUUGAAGCAUUUGGCUGCAUUAUAUCAUACAUAUCAAGGAAGAAAAAGCCUGCAGUUUCUUACCCUUACUAUCCUGACGUUCGUGAACUAGCAACCAAAUGUGAUGUCCUCGUCACUUGUUGUGCUUUGACAGACCAAACUCGCCACUUGAUCAAUAAGGAGGUUCUAAUGACACUUGGAAAAAAAGGAGUAAUCAUUAAUAUUGCACGAGGAGCCAUAAUCAAUGAGAUGGAGUUGGUGCAAUGUUUAAAGCAGGGAGAGAUUGCGGGUGCUGGGUUGGAUGUUUUCGAAAAUGAACCUAAUGUUCCUGAAGAACUCCUUUCAUUGGAUAACGUUGUGUUGACACGGCAUGUUGCUUGUCAUACCGAGGAAUCAUUUAAAGCUACGUAUGAACUCGUAUGCGGGAAUCUGGAAGCUUUGUUCUUGAACAAACCUUUGCUUUCUCCAGUUUUGGAUGAGUAAAAGAUAUUUUUUUUCAGCUUAGAAAUCAAUAUUAUAUUCUGAUGAGACUUGAUAUUUAUCAGCAUCUCAUUCUGGGUUCUCUCUCUGCCUUUGUCCCGCUCGAGAAGAAUUUUCUUAACCUCCAUGUUAGUGGAAGCUAGUGGUUAUCGGAAUUGGAAAGCAUUUUCCAUUGCAAAUGCAAAACUACAAUAACUCUGCAGAAGGGAAGCCAUUUGUUAUAUGCCAUGUCUAUUAUAUAUGGGUUUUAUGAGCCUCCAUGUGUUUGUCUGUGUGUGAUUUUUGAACUAGGAGAGCUUAGAAUUUCAGUCCUACUCAUUAAUAUAUUUAAGAGCUUUACAUGACUGAUCGACAUCUUUUAUCGACGUUGCAUGUGAAGAAUAUAGUAGCAGGUAUAUGUGUUAGAGAUUGAUUUGUGUUAGAAUUUCACUUAAACUGUUUGAUGUUAGCGAAUUUUCAAUUAUCAUCGUUACAUGUACAUCUUCCUAAUGCCACAAGUGAAGUUACAGAUU